GUCGUCGUGAACGGUCAGCCAGCGCGGCUAAUAACUAACUAUAUAGUGACAGUGCGUUACUGACUCUGAUCCGAACCCGAAUCCGAAGCCAGAACAAAUUAACAAUAAUCAGAGCCAGAGCCUCAGAACAAAACCAAAAGAAGUAGAAGGCCCCACCUUUAUUUUUAUUCCUGUUGAGUGUUUCGAGUUUUUUUUCGAGUGAGUGCGGCGGUAAAUAUUUCGACCACCUACCUUUUUUUUUUGCUGUGCCAAGAAAAACCUAAAAAAAAAAAGAGAAAUAUUAUACAAAAUGAAAAACAAAUCAGUGAAAAUUGAUCAAUUGCUAAAUUUAUGAAAUAGAAAAUAUGGAAAAAUCAAAGAAACGAAAUUAAAAUAACCAAAAAAACAUAAAACAAAAAAAAAAACAAAGGGGCAAAGACAGAAAGAAAGCGCUUUUAUUAUUUUAUUUAACGAUUUUUCUUCUUGCAAUUUUUAUUUUGCACACUUUGUUGUUGGGUCAGUUGGCGGCUUUCGCCACUUUACGAGCAACUUCCUUUUUUGGCCAGUGAAAAACCAGUCUGGCCAAGAGACCAGAGACCUCUCCUCUUGUCCAAAUGACGCGGUGGCGGUGGCGGUGUCGGUGUCGAGGGUCCAAACAUUGCAAAUGUAAACAAAACAGAGCAGCAAACACCGUAUUUGUUUAUGACUUGGCCAGGAUAAAGCCAAGAGACUUCGACUUCAAGGGCUCAAAAAAAAAAAAAAAAAAAAUGAUUGGUCUGCCUGCCAAAGAGAGCGCAAGAGAUUCUCAAGUGCGACUCAAAAAAGUCCCCCCCUCUAUGCUGAACGCCCGGUGAAAGUUUCCCAGUCGCAACUUAGAACUCUCUUCAUUUUCGGGUUUCUUUAUUUUUUGCUUGAUAAAUGAGUCGCUGGCAUAGCCCCCGGGGCGGUAAAUCAUCUCUGCUUGUGGCACUGACAAUUUCACAAAUUUAUAUAUUUGCCACAACACCGACCGAAACACUCACAGACGAAAGUUUUCCACUUCCACAGCGAAUUUGACUAGCUGGAAAAGUCCAGAGUAGACAAAGUGGGAAAUUGUCCAUACAAUAUAGGUGUAAAAUAUUGUUAUUGGGCAAAUCGGAAGUCCCAGGGUGAUAUUUCAAGUUUAGAUAUUCCAAAAAGUAUCGGAAUAACCCCAAGAUUUAAGCUAUAACUAUUUCCGAAAAGCAUUUGUUAUUCAUUCGUAUGGAAAAUCCACUGUGUGGCCUCUAAGAAAAACUUUUGUUGUGUGGAAGUUUGAUUUUUUUUAGUUUGAUUUUUAAAAGAAAUCUUUGGUUUUAUGGCUUGCACUUAAGUUUCUGGCUUUUUCUAGUGACUUUGGUUUUCUGUUAUUAUAAAUUUGAUUUUUGUAAAAAAUAAAAGUGAAAUUACUUAACUUAACAAGUCAAAUGGUGAUUUUAUAGAAAGAUUAAGUUGGAAAUUUGUUUAUGAACAUCCUUUAAGCCUCCAUCCUUUAUUUAACAUUCCAGAAAAUAUCUUAAAAUCUCUUAAAAGUUUCUAAAAUAUUCAAAGCCAAACUGAAGUUGCCAUUUUAAUGCCUUAAAAAAAGUGCAAAAUCUCAACGAACAAAGAUAUUUUCUUAUAAUUUGUUUACUUGGCCAUAUGAUAUAUCAGAUAUAUACAUAACGUUAGCUAUAUCCCAUCCAGGGGAGUCACCAAGGGGAGCUUCCAUUUUUUGUUAUUGUUUUUUUUUCAACUGGAGAAUUCUCGAUGUGGGCUCUCGGUUUUUUCUCCGCUUUUCGCUGACGCCGCAACUGCCGUCGAAUGGCAAUCUGGAAUAUGCCAGGCAGAUCCAAUUGCAUGCCACAUAUGCAGAUGUAAUGGGAGAGUCGGCUGCCACCCGCUUCUACCGCCUGUCCCCACUGGAAAUAGGACCCCCCCUUUAGAGACCAACAACCGCCCCGCUACCGCUAACUGUACCGCUCGCUGAUCUGCUUGCCUCAUUGCCGGUUAGAAAGCCAAUGGAACGAGUUUCGUUGAGUGUGCAACUAAUUUUCUAAAUUGUUGUCGCUGCUGAUCGUUGAGCGUGGCAAAAAAACAAAAAAAAACUAAACUAAAAAAAACAAAACUAAAAAAUAUAUAAAAAAAACAACACAUAUUAUUUAUGCCUCACCUGUCACCGAAAUUGUUCAUCAGUUUGUUGGCAUUUCUUGGUAGACGUCUAGAAAAACGUUUUUAUCAAUGACUUUUCAAUCAGAUUGGUUCUAAAUAUAUAUCUUUAUGGUAUAUAUAAACACGUUAUGAUCUUACUUAAAAGUGAUUUCAUUUUGCCUGAACGUGUUUUUAUUGAUAAUUUUAUGAAGUGAUUCAUAAGCUAGUUAAAUGAAGUUUUUAAAAUAUUCAUAAAAUAUUUAUGCGGGGUGAUAGGUUGGUGGAUUGUAAAAGAUUGCUUAACUUUCUCAGAUGAUGAGCUAUAUAGCCGAAGAGAGAGAGAGAGAGAGAGAUUGGAGUUAUAGGUAAUAGAAAUAUCAAAGUUUUAAAAGGAGAUAAUGAUAAUGGAUCAAAGAUUUCCUAAACAUAAAUCUGUUAUAUUCCAACUUUUAGAAAUAUAUAAGACCAGCAGAGAGUGGGUGAUACUAACGAGACUUAUGAUAGGUUUGAUCCCACUCAUUCAUCAUUGCGAAGAUCGAACUGUCAUUUCCAGCGAUUGAUUGAUUGAAUUUUAAUAAAAAUCUUUGAUUUCUGAUUUAUUUUAUUCCUGUUUUUUUUGUUUUUUUUUUGAUCGGCUUUUUCUUCUUGGUAGUGCGUCGUCAUCAUUUAAUGGUGUGGCAAGAAGAAGCAUUACCAGAACCCAUAGAAGACGUUCAAGAAGAAGAAAACAGGCAGAGAGAGAGAGAGAGAGAGCGAUAAAGAGAGAGGAGUUAAUGGAUUAGGAAGCGAGCACAAAGAAGAAGUAGAAUCGAAUCUCGGCUACUUGCGACACUCGCCCUCUCCCUCCCACUCCCACCUGAAGAAGGUGGCCCAGAAAGAGAGCGAGAGGGGCUAGCUAGAGAGACAGCAAGAGAGAGAGAGAGAGAGAGAGAGAGAGGAAUUUGAUGGCCAAAGGAAAGGUGAAAAGAGGCAACUUGGCUUAGACGAUGAUGAUGACUGUUUCUUAUAUGUAUGUGUGUGGACAAACAGGUAUCACACACACACAGACACACUCACACCUGUGUGGAAUAACUAAGCAGCGACCCGAUUUUCAACAGAGAAAGAGAGAGAGAGAGACGAAGAGAGAGAGAAGAAACAGAGCCAAGAAUCCAUGCCAUGCGCUUACAAAUCUAUAACAAAUCUACCACGAUUCUACAAGCCAAAAGAGAUUUAUAAUAGAGAUCAUUUGUAUUGGAAUUAUCUGAAUUUUUCUAGUUCUCAAAAGUUGGAAGAUGAAAAGCAGAUAGUUUUGGCUAUGGUCCUUUCUUAUUUACAACUUUUAUAAAGAUGUAAAGUUCUUCUGUUUAAAUUCUUAGCAUAAAGUUAGAAACACAAACUGUGGGGACACGUGUUAGAUGGGAAAUUAAUGUUCUAACAAUAAGUUUAUAGGAUUUUUACUAUUCAACUUAAACAUUUUUAAGCCCUUUCCCUUCUGGCAUCCCAAACAUUAUCCAUCAGUUUAAAGAUUAAAAACAUUUGGAAAUUCUUCAUGGAAUAACCAAGCAUUUUCUAACUUCUAGACUUUAAAUAUUAAAAGAUAAAUCUUUUCAAAACUCAGCUACUAUUGCCACUGGCUCAGACUUACUUGGCAUUCUGAUUACGUUUACACUUUGUAGUGGUUAAAAGUGCUUCCAGAAUGCUUUUCGAUCCUCCUAAUUAGUUCUUUAAAUGCUGAUUGAUGGAACUCUAUUCUUUGGCUAGCCAACUGAUAUAUAUAUAACUUUAUAUAUAGCCCAGCUAUAUAGGCCGAAAAUCGGUAUGCAAAAACAAGAACAAGUGGUCUUCAUAUGUAAAACUGUUCUCAUUAAGUUCUCGACAGAUCAUAAUGAUGUUUAGCCCCCACCCGCUCUCAUGUUAGCUCUAUCUCUUUCAUACUUGUGUGUAUGAAAUAAGAUUUUAUUUUUUUUGUGAUUUUGCCGGUUGCCACACCUGAAAUUCAACUCUCUCUCUCUCGCUUGCGCCAACAGCAGCAGCAGCAAGAACAAGAACGUCUAAAACGAAAGACUUAAACGACAUACGUGUCUCGGGCUGACGUCGUCGUCGCCGCUCGCUCGCUUGCCUGCUCUGCCUCUCUCUCUCUCUCUGUCUUUUACUCCUCCGCUACCUCUCUCUCGCUCACCGAUUUCUGUGUUUUUUCUCAGUUUUUCAGUUGGUUUCCAAAGGCGCGCCGUCGCAGUUCGAAAAACGCGGCUCUCGCCAGCGAAAAGAAAACAACAACAAAAGAAAUCGAAUUAAAAAAUUUAUUAAUUUUAUUAAGAAAAAUCGCUUAGAAAGAGUUUAGAACGCGCGCGUUGAGAGGAAAACUAACGAGAAAAAUUAGAAAUUUUUUUUUAAGUGCUAACAAACCCACAAAAACAUAAAAAAAAAAAAAAACCAAAAAGAAUUCAAAGAAAAGGAAUAAAGAAAGCAAGCUAGCAGAGCGGGAAAUCUUAAAAAACAAAACGAAGCAAACAGAAGUGCGGUGUGCGGAGAAGAGGUUACCAGAGGGUCACCAAAGAACCCGAAAAUCCAAAACCCUUAACCCUUAGACCAAAGGAUAAGGAGGGGAGAAGCCAGCGAAGCGAUCAACGAACCAAAAAUGAAUCCGACGCCCGUGGGCAUUGGAUUCGGAUUUGGUCGCAAGCCGCCCAAUAAGGCCAGAAUGCGUUCCCGCUGGCGGCCACCGGCCACGACAACCCUGCUGACCUCUGACCCCGCCGCCAUUGGCGACACUCAUGCCGCCGAUCCGCUGCAGGUCACAGAGGUCGCCGUGCCGUCAUCCUCUUCGCCCAUUGGCGGCGAUCGCCAUCCACAGAACCACAGCAGCAGCAUUGAGCCAAGGCUGCUGCAGAACCACCAAUCACAGCACCACCGCCAGCGCGGCCAGUUGACAACCCUGGCGCUGCUGCUACUGGCCCUUGUGGCCCUCAGCAACCUGGAAACCCUGCUAGCCGUGCGCACCGAAGGACCACGCAACCGCCAUGGAUCACCAGGUGGCAGCUUGGCCAGCACAGGUGGCAGUGGCAUCAAUACGGAGUGUCCAACGGACUCGUUUCGCUGCAACAACGGCAAGUGCAUCUCGCACCACUGGGUCUGCAAUUACCAGAAGGACUGUGACGAUGGCGAGGAUGAGAUGCAGUCGUGCCCCCCACCGGAAUGCGAAACUCCCCAGCUGAACUGCGGGCAGUAUGUGUUCAACAAGACCUAUUGUAUCCCUCCGCACUACCGCUGCGAUAUGAUCGAGGAUUGCGAGGACAAAUCGGAUGAGGCGCAGUGCACCUACCGCAAGUGCCAGCACACGGACGUGUUUUGCAAUGCCCCCAACGGAGCCGCCCCCGCGGAAGGCACCCGCCUCGCCGGUCCCUGUGUGCCGAAGGAGAAGCGCUGCGACGGCUAUCUGGAUUGCCGCACCGGUCGCGACGAGGAGGAAUGCAGCGGUGUGUCCUGUCGCCUGGACCAGUUCCGCUGCGCCAACGGACACAAGUGCAUCGAUGCCUCUCUGAAGUGCAACCAUCGCGAUGACUGCGGAGACAACUCUGACGAACUGGCUUGCAAUUUUCCGCCCUGCCACCAUGCCCAGUUCCGGUGCUCGAAUGCACUGUGCAUCCCUUACAACUUCCACUGUGACGGCUACCACGAUUGCGCCGACAAGAGCGACGAGGCCAACUGCACGGCCAUUGCCUGCCCGGAUAACAAGCACCUCUGUCCGCGAGGAGGAGCCAGUGGCACCCCCAAGUGCAUCCUGAAGUCGCAACUGUGCGACGGCAAGCGAGACUGCGAGGAUGGCAGUGAUGAGGAGACCAAUUGCUCUAUUGCCUCGUGUCCCGCUCUGAGCUGUGAGUUCAAGUGCGGACCUUCACUGACUGGUGGUGUUUGUUACUGCAAGCCAGGUCAAUCGCUAUCCUCGGACAACCGGACCUGCGUUGACCUAGACGAGUGUGCCGAGUGGGGUCACUGCGACCAGCUGUGCACCAACACCCUGGGGUCGUACACGUGCCAAUGUGCCCAGGGCUAUACACUCAUCAAUGACUCCAAGUGCAUUGCCCCGGAUGCGAAUAACCUGCAACUGAUCUUUGCCCACGACCGGGCCAUUAUGCGAAUGCUGCCCCAUGGCAGUGAGCCCAAGGUUUUGGCCAAUGCAACAGCUGCGGCUGGUGUGACAUUCCAUUAUGCCAGGAACACACUGUACUGGUCGGACAUUAAGACGAGAAAGGUGCAAUCCCUGCCCCUGGAUGAUCAGAACAAGGCCGUCUCUCCAUUCGAUCAGACCCUUCCCGGAACUUGGGCUCCCGUCGCCCUUGCCGUAGAUUGGGUAGGCGAUAAGAUAUAUGUGGCCGAUCUGGUGGGACAGAAGAUCGAUGUCUUCGAGCUGAGUGGUCAAUGGCAUGCCGUGGUCUUGGGUUCCAACUUGACUUCACCCGCCGAUCUAGCGCUGGAUCCCACGGCGGGUCUGAUGUUCGUGGCCGAUGGCGGCCAGGUGCUCCGUGCCCAUAUGGAUGGUACACAUGCCAGGUCCAUUGUCUCAGAAGCUGCCUACAAGGCCAGCGGCGUUACGGUGGACAUAAUCAGCAAGCGUGUCUUCUGGUGCGACUCCUUGCUGGACUACAUCGAGUCCGUGGACUAUGAGGGAGCUCAUCGGGUGAUGGUGCUCAGGGGUCAACAGGUGCCGAGCCCCUCUCGAUUGGCUCUGUUCGAAAACAGGAUCUACUGGACGGAUGCCACCAAGCAGGGUAUCAUGUCGGUCGACAAAUUCGAGGGUCCUUCCUCCAUCCAAGUGACAUACAAGGCCAAGGACAUCCGAGAGCCGAAGGGCAUCAUUGCUGUCCAUGCACUCAGUCAACCCAGGGUAUCGAAUCCCUGUGGCAACAAUAACGGUGGCUGCAAUCACAUGUGCAUCGUGACCGCUGUUAAGGGAGCUCCUACUGGCCUGGGUUUCCGAUGUGCCUGCUCCACGGGCUACCAACUGGAGACGGAUCUGAAACUGUGCAAGCCAGUCAGCGAGUUCCUUAUGUACUCGCAGCAGAGAUUCAUCAAAGGAAAGGUUCUGGAACCAGUCAUUGAAGGAUUCAGCGAUGCUAUUAUGCCGGUGGUCUCGAGGAGAGCUCGUUUCGUGGGCCUGGACUUCGAUGCCCGCGAUGAGUUCAUCUACUACUCGGAUGUUCUGCAGGAUGUGAUCUAUAGGGUGCACCGAAACGGAACUGGCAGGGAGAUCGUUUUGGCCUCCCAGAAUGAAGGAGUUGAGGGACUGGCCGUCGAUUGGGCCUCCAAGAAUCUGUACUACAUUGAUUCCCGCAAAGGCACACUAAAUGUACUCUCCACCCGCAAUGUCACCCACAGAAGAACACUCUUGAAGAACCUUAAACGGCCCAGAGCCAUUGUGGUCCACCCCAAUCGUGGUUUUAUCUUCUUCUCCGAAUGGGAUCGUCCCGCCAAUAUUACCAGAGCAAAUACGGAUGGUACUGGUCUGCUGGUAUUCAAAAAUGUGACCCUUGGCUGGCCGAAUGGUCUGUCCAUUGACUUCAAGAAGGAUCGUGUCUAUUGGUGUGAUGCUCUCUUAGAUCAUGUACAGCAUGCCAAUUUGGAUGGAACAGAUAUUAAGACAGUGAACUCCCGACUUGUGCGACACCCCUUCUCGAUUGUCAUUCACAACGAUUGGAUGUAUAUCACGGAUUGGCGUUUGGAUGCCAUUAUCAGGCUACACAAACUCACUGGCGAGCAGGAGGAGAUGAUGGUCAGAGAACCACAGACAAACAGACUCUAUGGAGUUAAGGUCUACAGUCAUGAAGUCCAGAAAAUCGCAGAUACGCAACCUUGCCACAGGAACAAUGGUGGCUGCCAGAAGAUCUGCUUCGCAGUUCCCAUAGGAGGACAAAAUGGUACUUCUGGCGAGGUCACCACUUCGCCUCCUUCGUUCGGUCACCUGCAGGCUCGCUGCUCGUGUCCCUAUGGCGAACGAUUGGCCGAGGAUCAAAUGAGCUGCAUCCCCGAUCCCAGUGCCGAGCCACCAGUGCAACCUUGUCCGAAUUCGUGGGACUUUACGUGCAACAACCAGAGGUGUAUUCCGAAGUCUUGGGUCUGCGAUGGAGAUGAUGAUUGUCUGGACAAUAGUGAUGAGGAGCAGAACUGCACGAAACCCACCUGUGGAUCGAACGAGUUCCAGUGCCGAUCGGGUCGCUGUAUUCCUCAGAACUUCCGCUGCGACCAGGAGAACGAUUGUGGCGACAACUCCGAUGAGCAGGAGUGCGGCAAUGUGACCUGUGGAACCUCUCAGUUUGCCUGCGCCAAUGGUCGAUGCAUUCCUAACAUGUGGAAGUGUGACAGUGAAAACGAUUGCGGAGAUAGCAGUGAUGAGGGCGACUUCUGUGCCGAAAAGACCUGCGCCUACUUCCAGUUCACAUGCCCGAGAACGGGUCACUGUAUUCCCCAGAGCUGGGUUUGCGACGGCGACGACGAUUGCUUCGAUAAGCAAGACGAGAAGGACUGUCCGCCGAUCUCCUGUCUGGCGAAUCAAUUUAAGUGCGCGGAUCUCAGGCAAUGUGUAGAGGAGUCUUAUAAAUGUGAUGGCAUACCGGACUGUAAUGAUGGCUCCGAUGAAGUGGGCUGCCCACCAAUGGGACCUAAUCAGUGCAAUCUGGAGAAGCAUUUCCGCUGCAAGUCCACUGGCUUUUGCAUACCCAUUGCCUGGCAUUGUGAUGGCAGCAAUGACUGUUCGGAUCAUUCGGAUGAGCAGGACUGUGGCCAGAUCACUUGUGCCCAAAACUUCUUCAAGUGCAACAACACAAAUUGUGUGUUCAAGGCCUACAUUUGCGAUGGUAAGGAUGACUGCGGCGAUAACUCGGAUGAGGGAGCCGAGCAUGCCUGUGUCCCACCACCCUUUAAGUGUCCCCACGGCCAGUGGCAAUGUCCUGGAGUUUCCGAGAGGUGUGUCAAUAUCACUUCCGUCUGUGACGACACCCCCGAUUGUCCCAAUGGUUCGGAUGAGGGUGAGGGCUGCGAUCUGGCUGAAUGUGAGCAUCAGGCUGGUCAGUGUUCCAGCUUCUGUCAGAAGACUCCCAACGGGGCAUUGUGUGUUUGCCCGCCUGGUUCGGAAAUCGGUGAAGAUGGCUUUACCUGCAUAGACUCGAACGAAUGCGAUCCACCAGGGCUGUGCUCCCAGCAAUGUACCAACACCAAGGGCUCCUACUUCUGUUCCUGCACAGACGGCUAUAUCCUGGAGCCCAACAAACACACUUGCAAGGCUGUUAACCACACCACUGCCUUCCUGAUCAUCUCCAAUCGUCAUUCCAUACUGGUCGCAGAUCUUAAGGAACAAGGACUCGAGAGGGUGCCCAUCAUAGUGGAAAAUGUGGUGGCCACUGCCUCAAAUAUGCACACAGGCACCAUUUUCUGGAGUGACAUGAAACUGAAGAAGAUCUCCCGAUUGGAUCGCGGCAUGGAGCCCCAGGAAAUCAUCAACACAGGUCUGGAUUUGGUCGAGGGACUGGCCUACGAUUGGAUAGCUCAGAAUCUCUAUUGGCUGGACAGUAAACUGAACACCAUCGAAGUGUCCGCAGAGAACGGUUCGAAUCGCCUAGUCUUGGUCAGGGAGAAUAUCACCCAGCCCAGAGGCAUGUGCAUCGAUCCCAGUCCAGGAGCAAGAUGGAUUUUCUGGACCGACUGGGGAGAGAACCCAAGAGUGGAGAGGAUUGGCAUGGAUGGAUCAAUGAGAAAGACCAUCAUCAAUACCAAAAUCUAUUGGCCCAAUGGUUUGACUUUGGAUAUAGCCACCAAGAGGGUGUACUUUGCCGACUCCAAGCUGGACUUCAUUGAUUUCUGCUACUACAACGGUACCGGAAGGCAGCAGGUUCUGGCCAGCAGUCACUAUCUGCUCCAUCCCCACUCGCUGUCCCUGUUCGAGGAUACCCUCUACUGGACUGAUAGGCAAUUGAAUCGAGUCUUGUCCGCCAAUAAGUUCCGUGGCAAGAAUCAGACUGUUGUGUCCCAUCUGAUCAGCCAACCGUUAUCCAUUCAUGUGCAUCACGCUUCCCUGCAACCCAUGACUCCGAAUCCCUGCGCAGGAUCUCGCUGCCAGCACUUGUGUCUACUGAGUCCCAGUGCUCAGGAGGGUUACUCUUGCAAGUGCAAGCCCGGCUUCAAGCUACUGAGUGAAGGUCGCUGCAUCGAGGAGGAAAAUCCCUUCCUCAUGGUUGUCAAGGGAACACAAAUUGUGGAUAUUCUGCUGAGUGGUGGCGAUUCCAGAGCCGGUGCCUUGGCCCCAGUUAUUGGAAUCGAAAGCAGCACUGGCUUGGACUUUGAUCGCAAGGGCGAGACCCUGUACUGGGUGCAAGGCAGAGAGGACAACGAUGAGAACUGCACAAUUUAUUCCACACCAUAUGGAGGUGGUAACAAGACCCUCUUCCUGGGCAUCGAAAGCGGAAUCGUGGGAGCUCCCUAUACCAUUGCAUUCGAUUGGUUGGGCAGGAAUCUGUACAUCGGCAACCGAGUGGCAAGUAACAUUGAAGCCGUGCGAGUAGAUGGCAAGCAGAAGUAUCGCACCAUUAUUCUGGCCAACGAUGGUUAUCCCAACUCCGUUUCCCGUCCCAAGCAAAUUGCACUGGAUCCCACUGAUGGCAAGCUCUUCUGGAUCGAUGAGGGCGUGCUAGAAGUCCCGAUAAAGAUUGGCAGGGUGGACAUGAAUGGACAGAACCCCAUAGUGGUUUUCCAGGACUUUGCUCAUCCCGAAUCCUUGGCCGUGGACACUGAAAAGAAGAUGUUGUACUACAGUGCCAGCAAUCCAGCAGUGAUCGGUUCCAUGGACUACAAUGGUGAUGAUCACACACUGAUCGUAAUGAAGGACACGCAUCCCAUGGCCAAGCCCAAGAGCUUGGGCAUCCUUGACCACAGACUAUACUAUCUGGACCCGCUUUACGAGCGUAUUGUGAGGAUUGACCUACCCCACGGCGACAACCUCAAGACCAUUGUUGAUAACGAACCCGAUCUGCGUUCCAUGAUGAUCUACAAAAAGCGUGGCCUGAUGCAACAUCCUUGCCAGACGAACAACGGUGGAUGCAAACACCUUUGCAUUCCCGGACCUGGUGCAACCAGAACCUGUUCCUGCGGCAUUGGAUACAGGAAGGAGAACGAGAUCAAUUGCGUGGCCUACAAGACCUUUGCGGUGGUCUCCCAACUGGACAUGAUUAGAGGCUACAGUUUGAGCGAUAGUUCCGAAGCUAUGGUCCCAGUGAGCGGCCCUGGUCAUCACAUUCUCCAUGUGGACGUGAUGUAUCGGGAACAAUGGAUCUAUUGGGCGGAAUACAACCGUGGCUACUGGAAUGGCAUCUUCAGAUCGCGACCCAACGGCACUGAUCUGCAGCAUGUGGUCAAGGAUGGCAUCGGUAGCAAUGGAAUCCGAGGAUUGACAAUUGAUUGGGUGGCUGGCAAUAUGUAUUUCACCAACGUCUAUCCACAUGAGAAUUACGUGGAGGUUUGCUGGCUGGAUGGUAGCAACAGGAAAGUGUUGGUAAAGACAACCACAGAUGCACCUCGCGAACUGGCCGUGAACCCUAUCAAGAGAUUGCUCUACUGGAUCGACUAUGGUCAGCAUCCUAGGAUAGGAAAAGCUCUUCUGGACGGCAGCAAGUGGAUGCCACUGGUGACUUCGGGAAUAUCGUUACCCCGCGAUCUUACUAUCGAUAUGCAAACCCAUGAUAUUUACUGGGUAGACUCGAAACUGGACACCAUUCAGAAGAUUUCGUUCAAUGGAGCCAAUCGUAAGGUGAUCCGCAGGGAUCUGCCCAAUCCCAUGGGCAUCGCUGUCUAUCUAAACGAUGUCUACUGGGUGGAUAGGAACCUGAUGACGGUGUUUAAGGCCUCCAAGCACAGUGCCAAUGAAACAGCCACAAGGGUGAGGACAAACCUCGAAAAUCUUCGGGACAUUGCCAUUUACAACAUCAUCAACCAACCACAAGACGACACCAAUCCUUGUGCCCAUUUGGGAAAUGGCGGCUGUGAUCAGUUGUGCUUCAGUUUCCCACCGGAAGGUGGAGCCACCGGACCUUCCGGCAGAAACUUCCGCUGUGAAUGUGCCACCGGAAAGCUGAGCGCCGAUGAGCGAAAGUGUGAGGUAGUUAAUGAGUACCUAGUCUUCGCCACAAGAACUGAAAUUCGAGCUGUCAACCUUGAUCCCCAUUCCACGGAAGUGCCCUUCACUCCCCUGACAAAUCUCACUAAUGUCGUCGGUCUGGACUUUGAUUUUGCCGACAAUAGGAUGCUGUAUACCCAAAUUCGUCCAUGGGCCAAGAUUGCAUACACAAAGGCGAACAAACCAGGUCACGACGACAUCACUGUAGUCUUGAACAAGGGCAUCAAUCCCGAGGGCAUUGCCUACGAUUGGACCCAGCAGAAGAUCUACUGGACAGAUAGCUCGAAUAACUCGAUCUAUGCGAUGAAUCUGGAUGGUAGUGAGCUGGUGAUGAUUGCACGCGUGGAGAGACCAAGAGCUAUUGUCCUGGAUCCCUGCAAUGGCACUUUGUUCUUCACGGAUUGGGGUAGGUUUGGUACCUCCGGAAAGAUUUUCCGCACCACCAUGGCGGGUUCUUUGAAGAGAGCCAUUGUGGAUAAGGAUCUGUCACAGCCAAGUGGUUUGGCGAUCGAUUACGACGAAAGGCAUUUGUACUGGACGGAUGCGGUUAGGGAAAAGAUUGAAAGAUCCGAUCUGGACGGUCAAAACCGAGAGCUCCUGGUGGCAGCCACUAUUUAUCCCUUCGCCAUAACAGUAUUCAGGAACUACAUCUACUGGACGGAUCUUCAGUUAAGAGGUGUCUACAGAGCAGAGAAACACACUGGUGCCAAUAUGGUUGAGAUGGUGAAGCGCCUGGAGGAUUCUCCACGAGACAUCCGCAUCUACAGCGCCGAUCGGCAGAAGUGCAAUGUGAAUCCCUGCAGGAUCAACAACGGAGGAUGCGCCCAGAGCUGUCAUCCUGCGCCAAAUGGCAAGGCUGAAUGCAAAUGCGAUGACAACACCAAGGUGGUCAAUGAGGGAAGGAUGUGUGCGCCCAGGAACAACACUUGUGAGGCUAGCAAGUUCUACUGCAAGAAUGGCAGAUGCAUAUCGAGAAUGUGGUCAUGCGAUGGCGACGACGAUUGUGGCGACAACUCCGACGAGGAUCCCAACUACUGCGCCUAUCACUCCUGCUCCCCGAAUGAGUUCCGUUGCAACAACGGACGUUGCAUCUUCAAGUCCUGGAAGUGCGAUCACGAGAACGACUGCAAGGAUGGUUCCGAUGAGCUGGGUUGCACAUAUCCACCUUGUGUGGACGGCGAGUUUACAUGCGGAAACGGACGUUGUAUUCCUCAGGCUCAAGUCUGCAACGGAGUGAAUGACUGCAAGGAUAAUGCUACAUCGGACGAGACCCACGAACGCUGUCCCAUGAACACCACUUGUCCGUUGAAUCAUCUGAAGUGCGAGAAGACCAACAUCUGCGUGGAACCCUAUUGGCUGUGUGAUGGCGACAACGAUUGCGGCGACAACUCCGACGAGGAUCCGCUGCAUUGCGGCCAAAGAACUUGUCCAACCAACAGCUUCCGAUGCCCGAACCACCGAUGCAUUCCAGCUACUUGGUACUGUGAUGGCGAUGACGAUUGUGGUGAUGGUGCCGAUGAGCCCCCAGAUUACUGCAAAUCCGAAGGACGCACUUGUUUCGGGGAUCUGUUUACUUGCGACAAUGGCAACUGCAUACCCAGGAUCUACAUCUGCGACGGCGACAACGAUUGUUUGGACAACAGUGACGAGGACAACCGACAUCAGUGCAAUGACCGGAAAUGUGACGAAGAAACGGAAUUCACUUGUGUGGAAAAUAAAUCUUGGCAGCGGGCCCAGUGCAUCCCCAAGAAAUGGAUCUGCGACGGAGACCCAGAUUGCGUGGAUGGAGCCGAUGAGAAUACCACUCUCCAUAACUGUGCCACCCAGCAACCAUGUGGUGAGGACAUGUUCACCUGUGGCAACGGACGCUGUAUCAAUAAGGGAUGGAUUUGCGACCAUGACAACGAUUGCGGUGAUGGUACCGACGAGGGCAAGUUCUGCAACUCCAAGUACAAGACCUGUUCGGCGCAAGAGUUCACCUGCCAGAACUUCAAGUGCAUCCGGAACCAGUCGAGGUGCGAUGGCGAGGACGACUGUGGUGAUCACUCAGAUGAGGUGGGCUGCGCAAAGGAGAACGUAACCUGUCCGCAGGGUCAAUUCGCGUGUACGAAUGGCCAGUGCAUAGACUACAGCCUGGUGUGCAAUAAAUAUCCGGACUGUGCUGAUGAAUCCGAUGAACCAGCCCACUGCAACGUGGACGAGUGUGCCAAGGUGGAGAUCAACCAGUGUGGUCACAAAUGUGUGGAUACGCUGACAGGAUACUACUGCGACUGCAACGAAGGCUACAAACUUCUGGCCGAUGGUAAGGCGUGUGCGGAUGUGGAUGAGUGCUUGGAGCAGCCUGGAGCUUGUUCCCAACACUGUUCCAAUACUCCUGGUGGAUUCUACUGCAAGUGCGAUGAAACCUAUUACGAAAGACAGAACGACGAGCACACGUGCAAGCGGAAGGACAAGAUCCCACCGUGGCUGAUCUUUACCAACAAGUACUACGUGCGCAAUAUGUCGGUGGAUGGUCACCAGUAUAACCUAAUGCACCAGGAUCUGAUGAAUGUGGUGGCUCUGGACUUUGACAUUCGCGAGGAGUAUAUGUACUUCUGCGACGUCACGGCCAAGACGAUCUUCAGAGCGAAGUACGGAGAAGCGGAAGACGAGAUGCCAGCAGAAAGAGAGGCUGUCAUUAGGCACGAUUCUCACGGCCUUGAAGGUAUUGCUAUCGAUUGGGUGGGACGCAAGCUCUAUUGGUUGGACAGACAUUCAAAGAACUUGGAUGUUUCGGAAUUGGAUGGAACUAAGCGCAAGACUCUGAGGAGUGGUGUGGUUGAUCCCCGCGCCAUAGUCGUGCAUCCUGGAAUCGGUUACCUGUACUUCACCUCCUGGCAUCUGCAAGCCUACAUUGCCAAAAUGGGAAUGGAUGGUUCGAACUUCUCUAGGAUUCUGAACUGGAACGAUGGCAUCGCUUGGCCGAAUGCCCUGUCUAUUGACUACUUCACGGAUCGCAUUUACUGGGCGGAUGCUCACUUGGACUAUAUAGCCUAUGCCGAUUUGGAGGGCAGGCAUCGUCACACGGUGCUAUCCGGUAGUAAGGUACCACAUGUGUUUGCUCUCAGUCUCUUCGACGACUACAUUUACUGGAGUGACUGGAAUCUGAAGGCGAUCGUAAGGGCCAAUAAGUUCCAUGGUGCCAACUAUACAGUGCUAAGAAACACUACCCAUCGUCCCUAUGACUUGCACAUAAAUCAUCCGCUUAGACAAUUGCCAUACACCAAUCCUUGUGGCACGAAUAAUGGCGGUUGCUCACAUCUCUGCCUGAUAGCACCGCCCCCGGAAUCCACAUAUCUGAAUAUCGAAGGAUACAUCGAAGAGGGAGCUCCGAUCUUCAAGUGUGCCUGUCCCAAUCAAUUCUAUUUGGCCAGGGACAUGAAGACGUGCAUUGCUAAUUGUACGGCCGGACAACAUUUGUGUGGCGGAAGGGAUGAGAAGUGUAUCCCAUGGUUCUGGAAGUGCGAUGGUGAGAAAGACUGCAAGGAUGGAUCCGAUGAGCCCGCCACCUGUGCUCCUCGACACUGCAGAGCCGGAACAUUCCAGUGUAAGAACACGAACUGCACACCUUCGGCGACGAUUUGCGAUGGAGUUGAUGACUGUGGGGAUCGCAGCGAUGAGCAAAACUGUGACCUACCAUGUCCUCUAUCCGAUUUCAAGUGCAAGUCCAGCGGCAGAUGCAUCCUGGACAGCUGGCGAUGCGAUGGAGAUGCCGAUUGUAAGGAUGGCAGCGAUGAGGACCCCGCCGUGUGUGCCAAACGCGCCUGUGACCCCAAAACGGAAUUCACCUGCAAGAAUGGACGCUGCAUUCCGCAACUCUGGAUGUGCGAUUUCGACAACGAUUGUGGCGACGAUUCGGAUGAGCCGGCUUACAUGUGCCGCCAGAGAAACUGCACUACUGGUUGGCAGAGGUGUCCUGGUCAGUCCAACUACCGCUGCAUACCCAAAUGGCUGUUCUGCGAUGGAAAGGACGAUUGUCGGGACAACAGUGAUGAGCUUCCCGAGAACUGUCCGAAGUGCAAUCCGGAUACAGACUUCAAGUGCGGCAACAACAGAUGCAUACCCAAGCAAUGGAUGUGUGACUUCGCGGACGAUUGCGGCGAUGCCAGUGACGAGAACGAGGCUGUGUGCAAGGGUCGCUAUAGGGAUUGCUCCGAGUCGGAGUUCCGCUGCGGCAAUGGCAAGUGCAUCUCAUCCCGCUGGCAGUGUGACCACGAGGACGAUUGCGGAGAUAACUCGGACGAGAUGCACUGCGAGGGAUAUCAGUGCAAGAAUGGCACCUUCCAGUGUGCAUCCGGUCACUGUAUUGCCUCCUACUUCCGCUGCGAUGGCGAUCGUGAUUGUCGCGAUAUGUCUGAUGAAGUGGGUUGUCCACCAAGAUUCCCGGGAGGUCGCUACUGUCCGGAAUCGCGAUUCCAGUGCAACAACAACCUGUGCGUCUCCCUGUCCGAUUUGUGUGAUGGAACCGAUGAUUGUGGCGAUGGCAGCGACGAGGAUCCCAGCGUUUGCAGUGACUUUAAUUGCGACACCCUCAGGCGAUUCCAGUGCUCCAAUCAUAGGUGCGUGGCCCGCUAUCAGAUCUGCGAUGGCGUCGACAACUGCGGCGAUGGCAGCGAUGAGAACAAUAUGACUUUGUGUGCCAGCAAACAGAAGCCCUGCGAUCUGUAUACCCAGUAUCAGUGUGCCAACAAGCACUGCGUCGAACGAUCCCAGGUCUGUGAUUUUGUCAACGAUUGCGGCGAUGCCAGUGAUGAGUUGGGUUGCCAUCACACAAGCAGUUGCUCGGAACAGACUCGCGGUGGAUGCCAGCAUCAUUGCCACAAUCUCACGGAUGGCGGCUACAUCUGCACAUGCUAUCCUGGCUACAUUAUAGCCGCUGACAACAAGAAGAAGUGCUCUGAUGUGGACGAAUGCCUAACGAGACAACACACAUGCUCACACCAGUGUCAUAACCUGAAUGGCACCUACUCCUGCAGUUGCCGCGAAGGAUUCCAUUUGACGGACGGCGCCAGUGGUGUUUGUCGGGCCGAAAAGGAGGAUGUCAUCCUCGUAUUCGCCAAUGGCCAAGAGAUCAGAGGACUCGAUCUGCAGAAACGCGAAGAAUUCGAUGUGAUAGCUGCAGAGAAAAGGAUCGAGGCACUGGACUACGAUGCCCAGCAACAGAUCGUCUUCUGGGCUGAUAGCUACGACAAGACCAUCAAGCGAUCCUACAUGGUCAACGCUAUCGAUGGUCGCGCAAAGAUCGGCUUUGCCCAGGAUCUGAACAUGAAGGGCGGCUCGAAACCCACAGCCGUUGCUGUAGACUGGCUGGCCUCUAAUCUUUACUGGACCGAAGUAGACAGGACGGGAUCCAAGCCCCGUGGACGUGUCAUGGUGGCCAAGACCGACGGUCGCUAUCGCCGUUCGAUCGUAAAUGCUGGUCUGGAAGUGCCCACUUCUAUUGCUGUCAAUCCCCAGUUGGGUAGAAUCUACUGGUCCGAUGCGGGCUCAGCGCCCAAGAUCGAAGUUUCCUGGAUGGAUGGCUCUAAGCGACGACCCUUGAUCACCGAGCAGAUUCGCCAUCCAGCUGGCCUGACCAUCGACUACUCGCAGGAUCACAUCAUCUACUGGGUGGACACCAAGCUGAAUGCCAUCGAAUCGAUGAGAGCCGACGGCUCCCGGCGAAAGGCCAUUGUCAAGGGUGACCAGCUGAGGCACCCCGUAUCCCUGGAUCUCUUUGAGUCGAAUAUGUUCUGGAUGACCCGGGACACGGGUGAACUGGUGCGCCAGGACAAGUUCGGGCGUGGAGUACAGGUGGUGCUGCAUCGCAAUCUCGUGAAUCCGUCCGGCCUGAAGGUGUACCACGACAAGCGGUACAAUACCUCGCUGCCCAAUCCGUGCGGCAACUCCACCUGCUCCCAUCUGUGUCUCUUGGUGCCAGGAGGUCAUCGUUGCGCCUGCCCAGAUGCAUCUGGCCCCCCACCCUCGCAUCGCAGCACCGCAGAGGUGAUCUGCAAUGCUGCUGCGGAGCAUCCACGCCCAGCCCCGCGAAUCUGUCCCUGCCAAAAUGGCGGUCUGUGCAAGGAGGAUGCCCAAGGUGAACUCGUCUGCGAUUGCCUCUCCGAGUUCCGCGGCGAUCAUUGUGAGACCAGCACCACGGGAGCCUUUGGCCAUGGCGGUGCCAACGUCACCGCUGUCGUUGUGCCGAUCAUGGUCAUCCUGCUGGUUAUGAUGGCCGCCGCCGGGGCUUGGUACGUCAUCCGGAAGCGACCAUUUGGCAAAUUGGCUCGCAUGCCGGCAAUGACCUCGUCACAGAGCGUGACCUUCCGCCAUGGGUCGAACGUAGAGUUCAGCGAGAGCGGCUUCCCAGGAGCAUCUGCACCGGGAGCCGGUGAUGUUGCGCCCAUCGAGGGCUACAACCUGCAGACGGUCAACGCGAACAAGGCGCGCGACUUUGCCAAUCCGAUGUACGAUGCGGUGCAGUCGGGCACCACCGCUGAUCCUGGAAUGGGCAACGGUUCCGGCAUCUAUGAUGUCCCAGGUGAACCGUCGGCCAAGGGCAAAACCAUGGGCCACCAUGCAGGCGGCUCAUUCACGGAGCCCGCCUCGGCAAUCAUAGCGCCCAGCAGCAUUACGCACAAGGCGUCGCCGCAGCUGCAGCUGCGCACCAGGGAGCUGGAUCCUUCGGCGGACACCGGCAAGGACACGCAGUUCCUGGUGGAGGAGGACAAGUCCGAGUGCUGAUAUCAAGCCCGUCAAUCGGCUGCCGUUGCGGCGGCAGUUGCGAUGGCCAGUUGUCGGCAGCAGCGCCGGCAGCAUCAGCAGCAGCAGCAUCCGGAGAACAGCUAUCCGCUGCAGACAUAACACAGACUGGUCAAGCAAAGGAAGGAACAACAACAGGCGCAUCAGCAACAUCAGUCGCCGCAACAGCAGCAAAAUCAGCAGCAGGGACAGGGACGCUCUAGUAGUAAACAUCACAAAUCCUGGCAAACAGCUACCGCUGGCAAGGUCACCACCAAGGUCUAGCCUUGACCCCAAAAAGAAACCACACACCACCCACAGAGAACAGCAACACGAUGAUGAUGAUGAGGAGAAGGAGGAACUAGAGGAGCAUGUCCUCGGGGGCAGGGGACGGCAAUAAACAUAUCCAAAAAAACGAGAAACAUAUGCAACCCCCACAUGAAAAAACCAACUAAAAAAAACAACUGUUGCAAUUAAUAUUAAAUAAUUACUAAAACUAUAAAUGUACACAAGAAACACUAAGAGCAACACACAGCAACUUUUGUAAAGCCAAUUUUUGUAGCCUACUGUUUUUUUUUUAUUUUUGUGUGAAACUAAUGUUUUUUUUGCUAAUCAAGAUACUUUUGCGCAAAAAAAAAAAAGAGAAUUGUAAAAAGCAAGAAAAGGAAAACGAUAAACAAAACAAAAUUAAGGCAAAAAGUAUAUUUUUUUGAAAGCUAAAUGACAAUAUUAACUAUAUAUGUAUGUAAAUCGGAAAACAACAAAAUAUCUAUAUGUAUACACAAGGCAAUUAGGGGACGAUUCCCAGCUAGGAUUUCUAUAUAUUUUUCUAAAAAAUAACAAACAAAAAAAGGCGAGCUAAAAAAUAUACAACAAAUUAUAUAUGUAUAUGUGUGAAACUAAAUGUAACAAGCGAAAGAGAUCACUUUUGUGCUAAAACCAGGAUACAAAUCGAGCAUUCCCCACACAUAUAUGUCUAAUUAUGCUAAUUAUAAUUUAAUUAUUUAUUCAAACACACACAGACAGGACGCAGGAAAGUGCUAAUAAUCCAGAAUUCUAGGGGCUUUUCGAGAUUCUAAAUUCGCAAGACAUUCCAAAAAUGAAAAAACAAGAAAAAAAAAAAAACAACGUGCAAUCCCCUCCCCCGCCAACACUGUGCAAAAAAGAAAAGCGAAGCUUUUCCUUUCUCCCUUUUUUUUUUGGUUCUCGCGCAAGCCAAUCAGCUUUUCUAUUUUUUUCGUUUUGUGUGUGUAGUAGUUGAAACUUGUCGCGCGUGUUUUUUUACACAUCAUUAUAUAUGUAUACCUAUAUGCAUAUAUAUAUAUAUAUAUAUAAAUAUAUAAAUAUUUUAUUUUUUAAUUAUAUCAUCGAUUUAUGAAUUGUAUUAUGAUUUAUGAUUUAUCUUUCUCGUCGAAAGUCGUAAUGUGUGUGCAUUUUUUUUCAUUUUCGUUCUCUGUGCAAAAUCUGUGCUUCCCUUCAUUUAAGCGUGUUUUUAGCAUAAAUUUUAGUGAAAGAUGAAAGAAACUAAAGCUGUAUAAGCCAAUCGGGCCAUAUACAACGCUAUAUGUGAAGUUAAUUGUAUAUUUAAUGUCAAGCUACAUAAUGGAUAAAGAAAAACAAACAAACAAAAACCACAACAUAAUAAGAGUAAAACUACGAAUGAAAUGAAAAACUAUUUGUUGAAAGAAUAAAA